AUGAUGUUGCGGCGAGCUAUCACGCAGAUCGCGCGGGCGACGGCUCCCGCCCGCGGCUACGGAGUGCGCUUCGCCUCCAUCAAUGGCAACCAGGUGCGCACGGGCAUGGCGCUCGAGAUCGACGGCAAAAUCUACCGCGUGGGCAAGAACCAGCACGUGAAGCCCGGCAAGGGAGGAGCUUACGUCCAGGCGGAGCUGAAGGAGAUCAAGACUGGUGCCAAGAUGAACCGCCGCUUCCGCGCUGCAGAGACCGUGAACAAGGCGCCGCUGGGCCCCGAUGAGCCGUUCCAGUUCCUGUACUACAAUGGGGACCACCUCGUCAUCAUGCACAACUCGACGUUCGAGCAGAUGGAGAUCGAGCGUGACCUGUUCUCGGGCCGGCAGCUGGAGUUCCUGCAGGAGGGCAUGACGCUGUCGCUCCAGAUCAUCGAGGGAGACGUGCUGUGGGCCAACAUGCCCGAGCACGUGACGCUCGAGGUGACGAAAACCACCCCGAAAGGCGUGGCGGAGAAUGCGCUGAGCGUCAAGGAUGCUACGCUGGAGAACGGCGCCGUCGUCAAGGUGCCGCUGUUCAUCGAGAUCGGCAACAAGGUCAAGGUGUCGACCGAGGACGGCUCGUACGUCGACAAGCUCUGAGACUGCAUGCGUGCAUCUGUGGCGGCGGUCGGCGCUACCGUGGGUGCCCGCGGUAAGGCGGCCGACUUAAUGCAGCAGCGACGCUGCGUGCCAACAGAAGAGACGGCCCGAAACAAUGACGAUGCGUCCGCAUGGACAACGUUUGAUCUGAU